AUUUGUAUUGUUUUUAUUUUAGUUACUCAAGCUUCAGAGAAGCUCUUAAAGAAAUACAAUUAAUAAAGAAAAACAAAAUGGUUUAAACAGAUUUUAAGCGUUAAUUCAAUCAAAAGCACGUACCCACGCACGCAAAUAAAACAAAUUUUAUUUAAUUAAUCAAUUCCAACUAACACAAAAACAAAACGGAAAUGUCUUCUUCUUUAACCCAGCGAAGACAACAGAAUUCAUCUGUGGCAGCAUCUGCAAAUAAUAAUAAUCAUGUUGUAGGAGAUGUCAAGGGAGGUACUGCUGCUGGGAUUAACCCCACCCAUGUGCAAAAUAAAACAGAAAAAACAAAUCCUAUGGUUUUUGUUGUGUUUAUAUCGUUAUUAUUUGAUUUGUUGGCAUUUACCAUUAUAUUGCCUUUACUACCUUCACUAUUGGAAUACUUUAAGUCUAAUGAUAGUUCCGGUUUAUAUAACAUUUUAACGGAACGCAUAAGCUGGUUUCAAGAAUUUUUAGGUGCUCCUGAACGUUAUAAUUCAGUGUUGUUUGGUGGUUUCUUGGGCUCCAUGUUUAGUUUUCUACAGUUCAUAGCCAGUCCUGUGGUGGGGGGUUUAUCAGAUUACUAUGGUCGUAAACCGGUUAUUGUGGUGUGUGCGGCUGGCAUUGCUGGCUCUUAUUUGUUGUGGGCCUUUUCUCGUAAUUUUGCUGUUUUUGUUUUAGCCCGUUUUGUUGGUGGUCUAAGCAAGGGCAAUAUUUCCUUGUGCAUGUCUAUUAUAACGGAUGUUUCGAGUGAAAAGACCCGCGGCCGUGGCAUGGCUUUGGUGGGUGUAGCUUUUUCUUUGGGUUUUAUAGUUGGUCCCAUGAUUGGUGCUUUGUUUGCUAUAUUCUCGAAUAAAUCUACCGGUCCUUGGUUUGUUUUACCUUCAUUGCUGGCCUUUGGUUUGGCUGUAGGUGAUCUAUUAGUCUUGGUGUUUUGUUUAAAGGAAACUUUACCAAAGGAAAAACGUGUUAAAGAAAUCUCUUCUUCCCUCUCCUAUGCCUGGCAAUUGCUCAAUGUUUCCUCCAUAUUUCGAUUUGCCAGCAUUAAAAAUGUUUCACAAAAACAAAUCAAAUCUUUACAAACUAUCGGAAUGAUUUAUUUCAUUUAUCUAUUCCUAUAUUCUGGAUUAGAGUUUACCGUAACAUUCCUUAUGUAUCAUAAAUUUGGUUAUAACUCUAUGGAUCAAGCUAAAAUGUUUUUAACUACUGGUAUUAUCAUGACGGUAUUACAAGGUUCGGUGGUAAGACGUUUGCCCGAACAAAAAGUACAAAAAUAUGCCGUCUUUAGUUUAUAUCUCUUGGUACCCGCUUUUAUAUUAGUGGGUUUGGCGCACUCGGCAUUUGUGCUAUAUAUGGGCAUGAUAUUAUAUGCCAUAUCUACUGCCUUUACAGUCACCUGUUUAACUACUUUGGUCUCCAAAUAUGGCAAUGAUGAUCAAAAGGGUUCGGUUUUGGGUAUCUUUCGUUCAUUGGGUGCUUUAGCUCGUGCCAUAGGUCCGGUUGUAGGCUGUAUAGCUUUUUGGUGUAUAGGCUCACAAAUGACCUAUAUUUUGGGAGGCCUAUUAUUACUUAUACCCUCGUUUGUAUUACAAAAAGUACAAUUGUAAUUUAUUUUGUUAACUAUACUGUAUUAUAUACACAAUUAAUUUAAAAAUGUAUUAACUAGUACUUAAAUGAAAUUAUAUAGAAAUUAUACUCUU